UAACCACUAACUUAUCCAUGAAGUUUGGUUCAUUGCUUUUCUUGUAUUUGUCUUUUUCAUUUCUCUCAUUCAGUCUUCUCAAAUAUAUAUCCACAAUAUCCUUUCAUUUUUUACCACAAAAUUAAUGGAGGAGUCCGGAGAAAAUUGGCCUUGUGAUUCUGAUUUGGAAAUUUGUGAUGAUGUUAUUUUUGAAGACGGAGAAUCUGAAUCAUGUGAUGAGGAAAUUAGAGAUUCCACCGACAAAAAUGGGAGAUAUGAGAGGGACCUUAGAGAGAAAAUGUUGACACUUUCAGCCAUCAUACCUGGCUUGGAGAAGAUGGAUGACACUUCGAUCCUAGACAAAGCUAGACAAUAUGUGAAACAGCUUCAAGAACGUGUUAAUGAGCUAAAAGAAGAUGUUGGUCCAACCAAUAUUUAUAGCGACAAUUGUGGAACAAGUAAUCAUAAUAUUCUUCCUAAUGUGAAAGCAAGAGUGUUACAAAAGCAAGUUCUUAUCACAAUUCACUGCGAGAAACAAAAGAGUGUUAUGCUCAAAAUACUUACUCAUCUUGAAAAUCUUCAUCUUUUAGUACUGAGUAGUAGUGUCUUGCAAUUUGGAAAAGUCAAUUUUGAUAUCACCAUCGUUGCUCAGAUGGGAGAUGGAUACAAUAUUACAAUGGAUGAACUAGUGAAAACACUCAGAAUAGUGACCUCAACAAAGUAGCAUGUGAUUGUUACGUAAGAAACAGUUGUAAUACUAGUUGUAACUCUCUUUAUAAUCAUGGUUGUAGCUGUGGUAUUUUAUUUACUAUAUGUGUAAUUAGAGCCAUCUCAAAUUUUUGAAGAUCACGUAAAUUAAUUAUUGUUUAAC